AUGUCUUCGCCAGGCGCUGGCUUUCAAUACCCUCCGACCGAGGUCACCUGGCUGAAGCGAGAUGUGCUUCUCUUUGCCAACUCCAUCGGUGUCACGGCCGACGAGCUGCACUUUCUCUAUGAGCUGCACCCCGAUUUUGCCGUCUUCCCGACGUACCCCAUCAUUCUGCCCUUCAAGGGCAGCACGCAGGAGGUGAUUGACUUUUACGCAUCGCAGCGCGCGGUGCAGAUUCCGGGCGUGCCCGACUUUGACGCGCGCCGCGUGCUGGAUGGCCAGCGGCUGAUGCGAUUUCUGCGGCCGCUGCCGGCAUCGUCGGCCGGUCGUCGCUUUGAGCUGCGCACGCGCGUGCUGGGCGUCUACGACAAGGGCCGGCCAGGCACGGUAGUCGAGACCCAGACAGACCUGGUCGACGCCGUCUCGGGCGACGUCUACAGCCAGGCCAUCGGCUCGGCCUUUUACGUCGGCCAGGGCGGCUGGGGUGGCCCCAAAGGCCCGGCCACUGUCAGCUUUCCGCCACCGUCGCCGGCACGCGAGCCCGAUGCGGUCUUUGCCGACCAGACCACCGCCCAGACCGCCCUGCUGUACCGUCUCAACGGCGACUACAACCCGCUGCACGCGACGCCCGAGCCUGGCACCAAGAUGGGCUUCGGCGGCGCCAUCCUGCACGGACUCUACUCGUGGAACUCGACCUGCCAUCUGCUGCUGCGCCAUCUCGCCGGCGGCGACCCGGCCAACAUGCGCGAGUACCAGGCUCGCUUCGCCAGCCCUGUCCGCCCCGGCGACCGGCUCGUCACAUCCGCCUGGCGCACCGGCUCCGUCGAUUCCGAUGGCUGGGAGGACGUCCGCUUCGAAACCAAAGUCGACGGCGGCAAGGUCUGUCUCAGCAAUGGCCGCGCCCUCAUCAAGGUUGUCGCCGAGAAGAAGAGCAAGCUGUAG